UUCGGACAAUCGAUGCAGACCCUCUUUCUCUCUCUCUAUCUCUCUGCCUCACCAUUUUCCCUCCUGAUUUUAAUGUCCGCAGAAAGUAGGAACUCGCUUCGCUUCGCUUCCUGGGAAUUACCGAAGCACAAGAAAGCAAAAGGCUCGACUGGACCACCAAAAAAAAAGAAAAAAAUUUGCAGUGAGGAAAAACGGCAGCAGAUGAACGAGCGGUAGUUCGGGUUCGGCCGUUAACGCGCAUUGGUUUGCUGCUGCCUCAGCACGGCACAGCAACAACCAGCUUUUUCUUCUUGUUUCCCGGGCCGCGCCGUUCGUUCUUGUCGCUCGUGCGCUUCGCUCCCUCCACGCUUCUCAAGACGCCAACCCUUUCAUCGGUUUCUUCAUCAGUACAAAGUGAUCGCAAAAAGAAAGGAACUUGCCCACUCCUCUGAUUUAUUUAUCGAUUCUUGAUUUGCACCCCCCUCCUGCAGCCGUUCACACACAUAAACAUACCUUUUCUUGUUCCGCCAUUUCCUCUUCAAGAACCCGAGUGCCCGACCCCUGAAAUGUCUCCCUGGGUUCAAUGCAUUGGUGGGGAUUGAACCCCGAAGGGGGAGUGUAGUUCUGGUUCUCUGCUGGUGAUUUGGCUUCUACGAGCCAUAAUCUCAGGAGGGUCGGUGGGUUUACGCGUUGAAAUGUCCGCGUUCUCUUAUUUUUUUUGGCGUCGCAUUGAAACCGAGGUGAAAAAAAUGUCUUUUUUAUGCUCCCUUUGUUUAUGUUAUCCCAACUUUUGAGGCCCUUGGGGAGCUCUCCGAUUCGGGGUUCCUGAGACUUUUGGCCAUCCGGGUGUUGCUUGGAUUAGUUUUUUAUGCUGAGUAUUGGAGCUGAUCUUUCUCAACGCUCGCAUAUAAAAAGUUUCCCGGGUGGUCUUUUUUUGGGAGCUAGAGCUUGGUACCUCGUACUUAGCCCAUCUCAGGGGAUUAAUUUAUAGGAUCCUGUAGUUUUUGGUGGGGAUUGGGAAUAUCAGUUGCUGCAUCACGGUUUUAUCGGCAUUAACAGGGGAAAUUAGGUGCUUGAAUUUGGGGUGUCGGGGGGAGGGUAUAUGAAGUGAUUUGAGCUGCUCGAAGAAUUUGAUUGCAUCGAGGAAGAGGGGGGUGGCGACCAUAGUUGGUUCUUUUGAUAUGAAUAUUAGGCCAAUUGCAAGACAUGCUGAGUCCUAAUGAGGGAGAUAGUGAUCAGUUCUUUGAUUCUGCUGAGCAGUUUUCGUUACCUGAGGUGUCAGAUGUGGCUAAAGAUGAAGUAGAAUCGAGUCCAAGGGAGUACGACAUUUGGUUGAAAGAACCACAAGGUGUCAAAGAAAGGCGCAGUACCUUCUUGCGCGGAAUGGGUUUUGCUGAAUUCAGUUUUCCAGUCGUCUGUUCUGAUGAAAGUGAGAUAGAUGUAGAUAGGUUAAGUGUGUGCAGUGGAGCUGUUUCGAGCUCAUUUUUGUCCAGAACCGAUUCUCCAGAGGAAGAUUUUGUAUGCUCUAGGAAUGGACUGGAAAAUGAUGGAGAUUAUAUGGUUGAUGAAUUUGAUCAACAAGAGGAGAACAAGUCAGCUGAUGCAGGGACUGAUGGGUUUUCGAAUUCACCUGUGAAAUCUAAACAGACGUCUCUUAAAAGUAGAAGGAGAGUGAAUCGAUGGUGGAAAUUUUUUGGGAGCAAGAGAGACAACAAGCAUAACAUGUCUACUCCUGAAGCUUUCAAACCAGAUCCUGAAGUACCCAGAUUGAGAAAGCUGAACACCCGACACAACAAAAAGAGGUUAAUGGAGUUAUCUGCACUCUACGUCGGACAAGAAAUUCAAGCUCACGAUGGCAUAAUCUGGACGAUGAAGUUCAGUCCAGAUGGUGAAUUCUUGGCAACUGGUGGUUCAGAUGGUGUGGUCCGGAUAUGGCAGGUUGCAUCAGUAGAUGCCUCUCAUAGUUAUGUGGAUACUUGUGAAGAUCAUAAUUGCAGCCUGGUGAAAAAUGGCAUAUCGCGUCCUAAAGGAAAGAAGUCGAACCACGCCUCAGUUCUAAUGCCUGAUCAGAUCUUCUGGAUCAGCGAGUCACCACUGCAUGAGUUUCACGGCCACACAAGUGAUGUUCUGGAGUUGGCUUGGUCUUCUUCUAAUAAGCUGCUUUCGUCUUCCAAAGACAAUACUGUCCGUCUGUGGAAAGUGGGUUGUGACCGAUGCCUGAAUGUCUUCCGCCAUAGUAAUUACGUGACGUGCAUUCAAUGACCUCUUGAUGAGAACCACUUCUUAAGUGGUUCUAUAGAUGGUAAAGCUCGGAUUUGGGGAAUAUCCAAAAGGCGAGUUGUGGAUUGGGUCGACGCGCGAGAUGUGAUAACCGCCAUUUGCUACCAGCCUGAUGGAAAAGGAAUUGUUGUUGGUAGUAUCACAGGCACUUGCCGUUUCUUUGAGAUGUCAGGCAAUCGUCUCCAGCAAGAUGCAGUUAUCCAUAUUCAAGGGAAAAAAAGGACCUUUGGCAACAGGAUCACUAGCAUUCAGUUUUCUCAGGAAAAUUCUCGAAGAGUAAUGAUCUCGUCAGAAGAUUGCAGACUCCGUAUUUUAGAAGGAACUGAGAUCAUUUCCAAAUACAGAGGGCAUCCAAAGUCAGUAAAUCAGAUGUCUGCUUCUUUUACUUCAAGUGGCAAUCACAUGGUAUCUACUGGAGAGGAUCGUGUCUACUUGUGGAACUAUGACGACUUCAAUCUGUCUCCUUCCAAGAGCACGAAGUCCUUGCGCUCUUGCGAGUAUUUUUCAUCCAAAGGUGUGUCUGUUGCAACACCAUGGUCAGGCACACAUAGAGGACCGAAGGACCUAGGAAAUCACCAACGCGGAUGCUCCUUUUGCACGCCGGAUCAUAAAGAACCCGAAUGUUUUUCACUCGGUAAUUGCUUCUCCCUCGACAGGUCAUGCACGGGCUCUGCCACAUGGCCUGAAGGGCUUCCUCAAUGUGAAGUUCCACCCACAGAAGCAUAUUGCGAAUUCGGGAAGCAUCAAGUGGACCAUUUCUCCCAAGCAUGGGGCCUUGUGAUAGUGACGGGAGCUACGAUGGUAAACUUUAGAGCUUUCCAUAACUAUGGACUACCAGUCAGGCUCUAGAAACUCUUUUGGAUCAGCUCAGGAUGAAACUUCAGUUUG